GCGCUUGACGGCAGGCUAAAACGUGCUCGUCGAGGCUCAAGUCACGAAAUUGACCGACCAACAUCCUGCAUACGCGUUGUUUUAGGGCGUCAUCGAUUGCCAUCAACACAGAUAUCUGCAUGAGUGUAAUCAGACUACUAUCUGGCCUGAUAUGGCGUGUCCUGGCGAACGCGACAUGUAGAUGUUUGAGGUGCCCCGGGGUUACUCUAAUGACCUUAUGUGUGGUAUUAGAUGCUAUAUGAAUGGUAAUGGGCUGGGGACACGACCGGCCCCUAGGGCCGUGCGCGAGUUGGACGUUACCGACCAACCUCGCAGCGCCACCUUGCCGGUUCCUAAUGCGCACGCUGCCUAUUAAUUGCUAUUCAUAUUGCUGGGUCCCUUUUUUGGGGCCACGCGGCCACACACCGGUGCUCGCGCAGACCCGGACCUCAACUCGGCGACGCGGCGUUCUUAAGUGGGGGGCCAAAUUCUGUGGGCUGUAUUUACACAACUGGGUCCCUCACGGCUGCCCGGACAGCAAAUGGCCGCGGUUCCGACACAAACGCCGCGGAGCGCACUCCCGUAUGCGGCCCCAGCUAUGUCGCGAGCACGCGCGAUGCUCCUCGCAACAAAGCUGGGUCCCUCACGCCGGCGCCCCGGCCCCGCGCCCCCCCCCGGAGGAUCGCCCGCGCGGCUAAGUCCGGUUUCUAUUAUUAUUCUUCUUAUGAUAUAGGAAUAAUAAUAAUAAUAAUAUGUACGCGGUUCACGAAGGAGGCCGCGUUUCUUAAGGAGGAGUGAGUUUUGCUCACCCCACCAUGUCAAAAGGUGGAAAGUUAGCCUGGAUCGCGAGGGCUGGGGCCAGCAGCCGUGGCGCCGCCAGUGGGACCGACGUGGCGUGAGUUCACAAUCCCCAUUUCGCGCUCAAGGCGGUAGUAGAGAAGGGAUGUGGUGCGCAGGCUGAUGACACUGUGCAUGUGUAUGCGCGAGCAGCAGGAUUUUGCUGAUGUGGUGGUGGCACCCAGCGACCGAAGGAGGGGUUCCAAGGUGUUUGACACAGUGCCGCCGUGGCCCAGCGUCACAAUCUGCUCCUUUUUAUAUACUACUUCCCAGCCUGCAUCCCGCAGGGCGUCGGCUAGGCGAGUGUGCUGGGCUUGUUUCUGGUCACACUUUUCGCUGUGGUGGAGGUCCGAUGUGUAACCAACUUCUAUCAGGUAAACUUUGUGUUGCCGUCGGCCGGCGGUUGUAAGGCCGCGGGGCCCACUAGCCCCCACGUCAGAGCGUGGUAGGGAUGGGAUGAACAGGAUGUCAGGCCUCAUCCUUUUUCGGUCGGCCUCGGGGAUAUUGUUGCGCAGCAUCCAUUUGGGGGGGCAGGUGCCCGCACAGUAUUCGGGGCGUGCAUCUGCACUGCCUGCGUCCAUCAACAUGUACCCGCCACCGUUGGCGCCAUGGUGCAGGCAUUCCGCGAUCAUACGGACGGCGGCAUUGUGUUUGGCGAUGCGGGCCCCAACAAGUUGGGGGUGCGCACAGUGGCCGGCAAGGUGGCCUGCGUUGCCCCGUUCGGGGGGGGAUCCAGCGCGCUGGUGAAUCGGGGCGCAGAGUGCACAUGUGUCACUCGCACGUAGUUUGAACAGCGCAAGCCGGGCGGGGCAGAUGAGGCCUCCCUGCCUGGCAUUCUGGAUGAAGCGUCGGAGGCUGUGCCCAGCGCCGGGGUGCGUCAUGUAGGCGGUGCUGGCCCUAGUGUCCAGGUGUGGGGCGGACUCCGCCCACUUGGUCGUGUAGAGUGUGUGUUUGGAAUGACCGCCAUGGGAGGAAGGGUCUUGUGUUUUCAGGAGGCCCCGAUUGAGGUCCGAGAUGUAGUGCACGGUGGUAGAGCCGUCUUCCCGCGUCCGGGUCGUUGCUGGCCACCAGUGUGCGGCGUGGGGGUUAUUGUCAGCGAGCUCCGAGACGUCAGCCGGUUUAGUGUUUGUAGCUACGUCUGCUGCACCUUUAUCGGCUUCUUCAUUACCGUGCAGACCCGUGUGAGAAACGACUUUGAGGAAAACGGUGUGUGCGUCCCUCUUCGCUCGUGCAUGGAGCAAAUUGGCGAUCGAACUCAACAGUGCCUUAUGUUUGCUCAGGUGUAAGCGACGUGGUUC